AUGUCGUACCCCCACCCCGCACCUCUCAAGCAUAACCCCUCCACCUACUCCACCGCCUCGACCGACCCGUACAACCGAUCCGUCAACCAACUCCCUUAUGACCCAAAUGCGCAGUAUGGUGGUGGAGACUAUGGAUACACACCAGGGGGCAACGGACAGGACGGGCAGUACAUGCCCGCUCAGGACAAUGCGCGGACGAUGCAGGAUCGGUUAGAUGGAGGGGGAAGAGGCAAGGAGAGCUGGGCAACGGAAAGCGGUGUCAGCGAUAGGCGAUCUGACCCUCCAGACCAAUACGCCUCGUCCGACUACCAACAUCAGGGCUAUAACCAGUCGCGGUCGUCCACGCCUACCUUUACCGAGGGGAGCAAGGAGGGUCAUCGGGCAAGGGAGCCAUAUCCCGCCUGGACCCAAGAAGCAAACAUCCCACUCAGUAAAGAAGAGAUUGAGGACGUGUUGAUCGACCUGGCCAACAAGUUUGGUUUCCAGAAAGACUCGUGCCGAAACAUCUACGACUUCCUCAUGAUUCAACUCGACUCCCGAUCCUCCCGCAUGUCCCCCAACCAGGCCCUCCUCACCCUCCACGCCGACUACAUUGGCGGCGAGCACGCCAACUACCGCAAGUGGUACUUUGCCGCCCAACUCGAUCUUGACGACGCGAUCGGCCAGGCGCAAAACCCCGGUCUCGCGCGUGUCCGCUCGGUCGCUCGGCGAGGCGGCAAGGGCAAGACAGCGGCGGGAUCGGCGCAGGAGAAAUCGCUCGAGUCUGCCUCGACGCGAUGGAGGACGGCAAUGAACAACAUGAGCCAGUACGACCGGCUUCGGCAGGUUGCGCUGUACCUCCUCUGUUGGGGUGAAGCGGCGCAGGUUAGGUUCAUGCCUGAAUGCCUCUGCUUCAUCUUCAAGUGCGCGGAUGACUAUUACCGGUCGCCCGAAUGCCAAAACCGGGUAGACGCUGUCCCGGAGGGGUUGUACUUGCGCGCUAUCAUCAAGCCGCUGUACAAGUACCUCCGGGAUCAGGGGUACGAGCUGUCGGACGGCAAGUACCUCCGUCGGGAGCGGGAUCACGACCAGAUCGUCGGAUACGACGACGUCAACCAGCUCUUCUGGUACCCCGAGGGUAUCAGCAAGAUCAUCCUGAACGACAAGACCCGGUUGAUCGACAUUCCCCCAGCUCAGCGGUUCAUGAAGCUGGACCGGGUUGACUGGAACAAGGUCUUCUUCAAGACGUACCUUGAAAAACGGUCCUUCUUCCACCUCCUCGUCAACUUUAACCGUAUCUGGGUCAUCCACAUUUCGGUCUUCUGGUUCUACACCGCCUACAACUCCCCCGCCGUCUACGCCCCCGCCGGAUCUACCGCAGCCACAACGCCCAUGGCAUGGAGUGUCACCGCUCUCGGCGGAUCGGUCGCUUCCAUCAUCAUGAUUGCCGCUACGCUUGCCGAAUUCAGCUACAUCCCCACCACCUGGAACAACACCUCCCAUCUCACCCGCCGGCUCAUCUUCCUGCUCGUCAUCCUCGCCAUCACCGGCGGACCUACCAUCUACAUUGCCUUCUUCAACCAGACCGGCCAGGUCUCGCUCAUCCUCGGUAUCGUGCAGUUCUUCUGCUCGGUCGUCGCUACCCUCACAUUCGCCACGAUCCCUCCGGGACGGAUGUUUGGGGAUCGCGUCGCGGGCAAAUCACGGAAAUACCUCGCCAACCAGACCUUCACCGCGUCGUACCCCGUCCUCGGCCGGAAACCGCGUAUGGCGUCGUGCCUCCUCUGGAUCCUCGUGUUUGGGUGCAAACUCACCGAGUCGUACUUCUUCUUGACACUCUCCUUCCGUGAUCCCAUCCGGGUCAUGGUCGGAAUGAAGGUCCAGAACUGCCGCGAUCGAUACCUCGGGACCGCCCUUUGUCGGAAUCAGGCAGCGUUCACCUUGACGAUCAUGUACGUCAUGGACUUGACGCUGUUCUUCCUCGACACGUUCCUCUGGUUCGUCAUUUGGAACACCAUCUUCAGUAUCGCCCGGAGCUUCAGCUUGGGGAUGAGCAUCUGGACGCCAUGGAAGGAUAUCUUCCAGCGGCUCCCGAAGCGUAUUUACGCCAAGGUGCUUGCGACCAGCGAGAUGGAGGUCAAGUACAAGCCAAAGGUCCUUGUCUCGCAAGUCUGGAACGCGGUCAUCAUUUCCAUGUACCGAGAGCACCUCCUCUCCAUCGAGCACGUCCAGAAGCUGCUGUACCACCAGGUGCAGUCGGAGCAGCCCGGCAAGCGGACCCUUCGAGCCCCGGCCUUCUUCAUCUCGCAGAGUGACAAGGGGCUCAAGACGGAGUUCUUCCCGCGCGGAUCCGAGGCGGAACGCCGAAUCUCCUUCUUUGCCCAAUCCCUCACUACCGCCAUGCCGGAGCCUAUCCCCAUCGAGCAGAUGCCCACCUUCACCGUCCUCGUCCCCCACUACUCUGAGAAGAUCCUCCUUUCGCUCCGAGAAAUCAUCCGGGAGGAGGACCAGAACACCCGGGUCACCCUCCUCGAAUACCUCAAACAGCUCCACCCGAUCGAGUGGGACAACUUUGUCAGGGACACCAAGAUCCUGGCAGAGGAGUCUAGCCCGUUCAACAACCCGUUCAAUGGCGACGAAAAGGACGAGAAGAAGCGCGCGGAUGAUAUCCCCUUCUACACGGUCGGAUUCAAGUCGGCCGCUCCGGAAUACACCCUCCGUACGCGUAUCUGGGCGUCGCUCCGUGCGCAAACACUCUACCGGACAGUCUCGGGGUUCAUGAACUACUCCAAGGCCAUCAAGCUGCUUUACCGAGUCGAGAACCCCGAGGUCGUCCAGAUGUUUGGCGGAAAUACGGACCAGCUCGAACGCGAGCUGGAACGCAUGGCCCGGCGGAAGUUCAAGUACGUCGUCGCCAUGCAGCGGUACUCCAAGUUCAACAAGGAGGAGCUCGAGAACGCCGAGUUCCUUCUUCGUGCGUACCCGGACCUGCAGAUCGCCUACCUCGACGAGGAGCCACCACGGAAGGACGGCGGAGAGGGCCGGAUCUUCUCUGCCCUCAUUGACGGUCACUCGGAGAUUAUGCCAAACGGUCGUCGUCGUCCCAAGUUCAGGAUCGAACUUCCCGGUAACCCUAUUCUCGGAGACGGUAAAUCAGACAACCAGAACCAUUCUAUCGUCUUCUACAGAGGCGAGUACCUCCAGCUUAUCGACGCCAAUCAGGACAACUAUCUCGAAGAGUGUCUCAAGAUCCGGAACGUCCUCGGUGAAUUCGAGGAAUUCAAGGUGUCCAACCAGUCGCCGUAUGCCGCUUCGGGUCACGCAGAGUUUACAAAGUUCCCCGUCGCUAUCCUCGGUGCGCGAGAGUACAUUUUCUCAGAGAAUAUCGGUAUUCUCGGUGACAUCGCCGCUGGAAAGGAGCAGACAUUCGGUACGCUCUCGGCACGGACGUCGUCGUACAUUGGCGGAAAGCUGCACUACGGUCAUCCCGAUUUCCUUCACGGUAUCUACAUGAACACUCGGGGCGGUGUGUCCAAGGCUCAGAAGGGUCUCCACCUGAACGAGGAUAUCUACGCCGGAAUGACGGCUAUCGGUCGAGGUGGUCGGAUCAAGCACUCGGAGUACUACCAGUGUGGAAAGGGGCGUGAUCUUGGUUUCGGUACCAUUCUCAAUUUCCAGACCAAGAUCGGGACAGGAAUGGGAGAGCAGAUGUUGUCGCGAGAGUAUUACUGGUUGGGGACGCAGUUGCCGAUCGACCGGUUCUUGACUUUCUACUACAGUCACCCCGGAUUCCACAUCAACAACAUUCUCGUCAUGAUGUCGGUCCAGGUCUUCAUGCUCACCCUCGUCUUCCUCGGAACGCUCAACAACCAGCUCCAGGUCUGUCAGUACAACAAUUCGGGCGAUAUCCUCCCCGGCCAGUCGGGAUGCUACAACCUCCAGCCGGUCUUCUCGUGGAUCAAGCGGUGCAUCAUUUCGAUCUUCCUUGUCUUCUGGAUCGCCUUCGUCCCCCUCUUUGUCCAAGAGUUGACGGAACGCGGAACCGGUCGGGCCAUCCUCCGAUUGUGCAAGCACUUCUUGUCGCUCUCGCCGGUUUUCGAGGUCUUCUCGACGCAGAUCUACAUGCACUCGAUCCUCAACAACUUGACGUUCGGUGGAGCUAGGUAUAUCGCUACGGGGCGAGGGUUUGCUACUACCCGUAUCUCCUUUAGUAUCCUAUACUCUCGGUUCGCCGGUCCGUCGAUCUACCUCGGUAUCCGCACGCUCGUCAUCCUCCUCUACAUCACGCUCACCGUCUGGGUCCCGCACUUGAUCUACUUCUGGAUCACCGUCAUCGGUCUCUGCAUCGCGCCCUUCCUCUUCAACCCGCAUCAGUUCUCCUACUCGGACUUCAUCAUCGACUACCGCGAGUUCCUGCGGUGGAUGUCGAGGGGAAACUCGCGUACCCACGCAAACUCGUGGGUCGGGUACUGCCGGCUCUCGCGUACCCGUAUCACCGGUUUCAAGCGGAAGCGGUUGGGUCUUCCCUCGGAGAAGCUGUCGUCGGACGUUCCCCGUGCGCCAUGGAAGGCCAUCAUCGUCGGCGAAAUCAUGGGUCCCAUUGCCCUCGCGGCGCUCUUCGUCAUCUGCUACCUGUUCGUCAAGUCCUUCCCGGUCGAUGGGCGGAUCCAGCCUGGUCUUCUUCGGAUCGCCAUUAUCGCGCUCGGCCCGAUCGUCUGGAACGUCGCGCUCUUGGUGUUGCUGUUCCUCAUCUCGGUGUUUUUGGGUCCUUGCCUCAACUCUCACUCGAACCAGUUCGGUGCGACCAUGGCUGCCCUGGCCCACUUUGGUGCUGUCGUCGGCAUGAUUGCCUUCUUCGAGUUCCUCUGGUUCCUCGAGUCCUGGAACACCUCGCACGCCGUCCUUGGUCUUAUCACCGUCAUUGCGGUCCAGCGUUGUAUUUUCAAGAUCCUCAUCGCGGCCUUCCUCUCCCGAGAGUUCAAGCACGACGAGACCAACCGAGCAUGGUGGACUGGUGUUUGGUUCAACCGCGGUCUCGGCUCGCACGCGCUCAGCCAGCCGGCGAGAGAAUUUGUCGUCAAGACGAUUGAGAUGGGCUUGUACUCUGCCGACUUUAUCGCUUGCCACUUCCUGCUCUUCAUCCUGACUCCCGCGGCUAUCAUCCCGUACUUUGAUCGGCUGCACUCGACCAUGCUGUUCUGGCUGGCGCCGAGCCAGCAGAUCCGACCGCCAAUCUACUCGUUCCGUCAGAGGAGUCAGCGUCGGAAGAUUGUCUUCAAGUACUCGAUCGUCUACUUCUUCGUUCAGGGCUGUCUCGUCGCCCUGAUCGUCCUCCCCCUCAUCUUCAAGGAUGUCCUCAAAUUGACGCCCAAGAACGCACCCUUCGGCGCCGUCAUCUAG